UUAAACCAGAACGACACCGCAUUCUUGCCCGUAUGAAAUGGAUCUCCGACAACCCGUCGACGGACUGAUCGGCCGAAGAAGGACGCCAUCCAUUGAAACCGUCGGUUCAUUUCGCGCAUUUCCUCCGAUCCUUGUUCAUAAUCUAUAAUCAAUUUCCUAAAAGAUCAGCAUUUUGUUUCCAUAUAAUCGUGAAAUCAUCAAUGUCGUUCAAUUCUAGAUUUUGUAUUGCCUAUAUCUUCUCAUCUUCAUUUCUUCUCUUCUUAUUUCCAGCAUCUGUUACUUCAGCAUCUGCUACACUUGAUUCAAUUGAAAUUCUGAAAACCCACAAAUGGCUGUCAUCAAAACCUAAAGUUUACUUUCAGUGUAGUGGAGGAAACAAAACCAUCUUCCCAGAUGUAGAAAAGUUCAAUGUGUCUUACACAUUCAAUGGUGAAGAAUCAUGGCAGCCUUUGGUGGAAUUUACAGAUACUAAGUGCAAAAGAUGUGGGUUUUAUGAAUCGGGUUUAGUAUCAGAUGAUGUAUUGGAUGAAUGGGAAUUUUGUCCUUCAGAUUUUAAUGAACCAAAUGCAAAAUAUGUUCAUUUUAAGGAGAAACAGCUUAAUGCUACUUUCUUGUGUGCAGAAUGUAUGCCAUCUACUGAAAUUGGUAAACAUUUUGUUGAUGAAUUCAAAAUUUUGUUUGGGGGUGUUUUUGUAGGUCCUAUGGAUCAUGGGAAAAGAGGUGAUGGAGGAUUGAAGGGAACGCAAUUAGUUAUGGUGAUAGGGAUAUUUGUUUCGGUUUCGAUUGUUGUUUUCAUUGUUGGAUUGGUAGCAGGAAUGAAGUAUUGGCAGAAGAGAAAAAGGGAACAAGAGAAAGCUAGAUUUAUGAGACUUUUUGAAGAGGAUGAUGAGUUUGAUAAAGAAUUAGGUCUUGGACCUCUUGAAGGUUUCACUUGAAUUAAAUGUGUGCGAAAACUGACCUAUUAGGUAGGUAUAAUAGGAAACACGAAAACACGACCCGAAUCAAACAAUUUUGCGUCAUUUCACGUCUCGACCCUAUCUUCACAAGAGGAAGGGUUGAAUAUUGUGGGAUUAAGGAUUUUUUUUUUUCUAAGAUAUAUAACUUCAAGUAUUAUUGUAGCAUACAUUUGUUUAUUUAUGCUUUUAA